GCAGAUUUUCCAAAGAUCAUCCACUUGUCUGAGAGAAGUUUUUGCUUAGAAAAAGAUGUGUUAAAUGGUGCUAACUAGGUAUGGAAUGAAUCGAGCGGGAGCUCGAGCGAAACAGACGAAUUCGUCUGAGCUCAUUCGAUUCGGCUCAUACCUAGUGCUAACGGCAGGUAUCUAGCUUUUCUCGUUUAAAAGUUGUUAAGCUAACAUCGGAAUUCUUUUCUAUUUUGAAACAGAUAUUAAAUUACAAAGUGAUCCUGAUGAAAACGUUUGUGGUUGUAGUGAUUUGGAUGGCUGUGUUGACAAAUUUGACCCGAUUUUAUGGACUCUCACGUCUUUCUAUCUACCGACAUGCGAAUCGCCAACGUUGAAGUCAGAAAGUGGUACGGACGUUGAAGAUGGUGUAACCCUUUACACAGACGCAGAGUCACAGAUGUCAUUAUUAAUAGCUUCGUCUUGUCUGACAACAUCAUGGCAGGUAACAUUUGAAUACAAGGCACCGUUUAACAAAGCACAAACGUUUUCUACAUUCGUACCUGAUUCAUCCCCGUCCGAACAUUCAUUCAAUAUCACAGCAGCAUUAAAAGGUAUGAUCUAUGGUGAUAAUGUAACGCCAAAAUGGUAUACUUCAGAGCGAUAA